GUGAACUUGAAUAAAGAAUGUCCAUUUUGGGAAGAUGACAGCAAGUGUGCUAUACGUUACUGCAGUGUGAAGCCUUGUACUGAUGUUCCAGAGGGCAUAAAGGGAGCUCCCAUAGAUAGAAGUGAGAAGAAACAGAAGGAAAAGUCCCACAUGGUGCCUGGACACUGUGAUGGAGAAAAUGACCUUGGUUACUUGAAUACUACUCUCAGCAAGGAAUCCAAAGUUGGUUUUAAGCGCUGGGCAGCCCACGAUGAUGCACAGCUGAACUUCUGCAAAAUUGAUGACGAGAGUUCGGAGGAUAGUGAAUAUGUUGACCUAUUGCUGAAUCCUGAGCGAUACACAGGUUAUGCAGGACCUUCAGCACAUAGAAUAUGGAGAACAAUUUACCAAGAAAACUGCUUUAAGCCAUCGAGGGCAAUUGGUCGUUACACAGACUUCAGUAGUAUUGGGGCCAAUGAUUUUCUGAAAGAAAUGUGCUUGGAAAAGAGAACUUUUUACAGAGCUAUUUCCGGCCUCCAUACCAGUAUCAACAUUCACCUGAGUGCUAACUACCUCCUGUCAGACCAGAAUGGCUUUGAAGUAUCAAAGGAUGGCCAGUGGGGUCCAAAUGUACAGGAAUUUCAGGCAAGAUUCGACCCAGAGCUAACUGGUGGAGAGGGGCCCCUUCGCCUGAAGAACCUCUACUUUGUCUACCUUCUUGAAUUAAGAGCUUUAGCUAAAGCUGCUCCGUACCUUGAAAGCUUAGAAUACUACACAGGAAAUGAAAGUGAAGAUAAUGAUGUAUCAAAAGCAGUUAAAGACUUAUUAACUGUUGUCAAGAGUUUCCCAGAGCACUUUGAUGAAAGUUCCAUGUUCUCUGGUGGCCAGCAAGCAGCUAAGUUGAAAGAGGAAUUUCGCCAGCACUUUUGGAAUGUGUCUCGGAUUAUGGACUGUGUUGGAUGUGACAAGUGCCGUCUUUGGGGCAAGCUGCAGGUAACUGGCCUAGGUACAGCACUCAAGAUUCUGUUCUCAGGCAAUCUAGACCAGCCAGGUAACCAAAAUUUAGACCUUCCAGCAGCGAGACACGCUAAGUUCCAACUGUCUCGUAUUGAGAUUGUUGCUCUGAUUAAUGCAUUUGGUCGGUUGUCCAGCAGCAUCAUGGCGCUAGAGAACUUUCGGCAGAGCAUAACCAAGAGAUAAUAACAAGAUUAGCCACUCUGAGCUGAACUUCUGUGAUAUUUGUUAUAUGUUGCCCAAAUACAUAGUUGUAUGCUAGGUUAUGACAGGUGGGCUGCCAACUGCCAGUGGUAGCAACAUAUGUUCAAAGAAUGAGCAUGACAGAUGUAAGGCAAGGUGAAUAAAAAAUGAAAAAAGAAAAAAAGAAAAAAAAAUGGAAAAAGAGAAUUUUAGUUCACGAGCUCGAGUUGUAUAUUUUACUAGCUGUCAAAGAAUAAUGAAUAUGUAUUUCAGGAAUCAGUGAAAUGUAUUUUGAGGUUAUGUCCGUUUGAUAAUGAGAGUUUGAAAUUUAAGUUUCUAGGGUCCAUAAAGAUUUUGGGACUAUGUUAUUUAAUGUAACUAGUUUUGAGCUAGUUAUCUUACAGAACUUGUGACUAGCAUUCUUUCUAAGCUGAAGCAUUAAAUGGGUGACAGAAUUUAAUAAGUAUUCAUGCUUCUGUUUUGUUUGAAACAGAAAAUUACACCCACCAGAACUGAAUCUAUACUGAAUGGUAUAUUUAUAUAUAUCCACACUCAUGAUGAUUUAAAAUAUGAAUCUGUAUUACAUAUGUUUAGCAUUUCAUAUUAUGUAUUCAUGUACUUGAUAUUUUCUUCUAUAUUGUUUUCAUGUUCUUUGUUUUCACUCCCUCAUUACCUUUAGAUCAUGUUAAUCUCUGAGUGAUAUCUAGUUACAUAACACAACCUCAGACUGACAAAGACUGCAUCUUUAUUUCUUGCAUUAUCUAAUGUCAUACCCUAGUUGUAGAGCCUUACAGGGGACAAGUUUUAAGUCAUUUAUUUUGUGAUAUCUUUUCAUAAUAGUUUUUAAGUAUGUUUACAUGCUCUAUCUCUGUCAUUCUGUCCAGAUGGCUUUUCCUACUUACUUAUGGCAGGGUUUUGGUAUAUAGUUUUUUUGUUUUUUUUGCUGCUGAUGAUAAAUACUUAUUAUUUAGAUUAAGAUGGCAGGUAGGAGUGAUCUAAAAUAUGCAAGGAUUCUCUUACACAUUAAUUUAUCUAAAAAAGAGAACAGUAAGAAAGAAGUACAUUCAUAGAUUGCAGUGGUUAAAAGUUUACUUCUUUUUUGAAAAAUAUAUAGUUGAUGUACAUUUCUAUCUUGGCAUUUCUCACAAACCAUCCAUAUACCCUUUAAAUGUAGAGAAGUAUUCUGACACUUAUUUUCAUUUCUGUUCUUCCUGUUACUGGUCAGAUAUUAGCCUUUUUUAUUUGUUUCUUUCUGAAUCAAGUGAAUGGAAGAUGAAUGUCUCUAUGAUAGUUGGUUGAAUGUUGAAUGACAAGUGCAUUGCUGUUGUAUAUGUUCAGCAAGCACUAAUAAUUUUACAAGUCAUUGCAGUACUUUUGGAAUAUAGGAGAGAAUUAUUUUUUAAAGGUAUGUAUCACAGUAAACACCCAGCAAGUAUUUUUGGUCUAUAUCAGUAACUGUAUCAGUGAUUAGUUAUGUGGCAGAAUUCAGUCAGAGAAUCUCAAGGUUUUUUCAGGUAUGGCUUUUUCCAAUAAGAAAUGUUUGCUUUGAUAUAAAUAAAUACCAAUGGCAUUAUAGAAUGAAUGACUCAAAAUGUACUUAAUUCAAAAACUUCUUUACAGAGUUGUGUAAUAUAUAAAUGUAUGCACUGUGCACAAGGAGUGUUCAGAGCUCAAGAGAAAUAAGUUCCUAUCUUAGAUGUUCUGUACACUUAUUUCUUCAGAGACUUAGGCAUCUUUAUCACACAAAACAAUGGAGCACCUUGCCUUCAAAAAAAAGGUUUGUUAAUAUUAAAUAGCAACUUCAUUUUACAGACUACAGGCACUGCAGGGACCUUUUUGAAAUUUGAUACCUUUAUAAACAGUUAGAUAAUAAAUUUAACUUAACUUCUGCAGUCAUUGCAAGCGAGGAAACUAGUUAUUGUUAUGUAUAGUUCAUUUAUUAUAUAUAUAUAUAUAUGCAGGUUGGUUUUUUGAUUUCUUAUAAUUUAUGUCCUUUUUGUUGUUCAGAUGUUUAGCUGUGAUUUUUUUUUUUCUUUGAUCUAUUUUGUUUAGCUUUAUAACAUUCCUUCCUUAGCUAGACAAAAUAUAUUUGAAUAAUGUUGAUAUAUGAAUAAAUGGUUUUGUAUGCAAGUUUAAUAUUAUUUUCCAGCACAGAUCUAGCUUAUUUUCUUCAGGAAAGUUAUAAUUUUUUGUCAUUUUGAUAUAUACAUAUAAAUUGUUUUCACUUCUCAGCAAUUUUCAAUUUAACUACCAAAUUGCUAUGACCCAUAACAUUUAUAACGGCAUGUAAAAAAAAUAUUCAUCAUGCUACAAAUGUAAUCAAUUAAUGAAGGAUUCUCAACUGAGAUGUUACAAAAAUCAGAAACAAAGGGAAAAAGGUUUCCUUUCUGCAGAUGAAUUUAUCAUUAUUUGUGAGUUUUAAUAGAAGAUAAAAAUAAAUUGACAUGAAUUUUUAACUGUUGAACAAAAUGGGGUGGAAAAUGACAACAGACUUGUAGAUUCAGUCAAAGAUUACAAAAAAUUUUAUCUUGACUUUGGGAUCACUGCAAAAUAAGGUCUUCUAAGUCCUUUGAACAAGUCUCAGUCAGGACCAUUUUAACCUUUUUGGCUUAUAUAUAUAUAAUUCAAUAAACUAGUGUCUGUAU